UUUUCAAGUGCACCAAAAACUAUCAUAGAAAAUGUUACUGUUUCCAGUGAUUUUAUACAGAAUUUAUUCUUUGAUGAAAUAAAUCAAUCGAAUUUAAAAUUAUUAGAAAUUGAUGAUGCAAGAACAAGUGAAAAUGGCCUAAAGUGUAUUCUUCAACUUAGGGAACUUGCCAAAACAUUUCCAUCCUAUCAAGCUAUUCAGUUUGUGGAUGCGUGGGGAAAAUUUCCUUCGGGAAUUAUUUCUGGUCAUCUAACUGACCUUGGUAACUACGAUCAGUGUAUUAAGACAUCAGUUGUAUUGAUUCCAUCUCAUGGCAUUACAAAUGGACAAUAUUGCUUUGCCUCGUUUCCUCUAUUAAGUCCAGCAAACAUGAAUUCGGAUCAAUCAAAUGCCUCAUCAACCGCUAAGGAUUUGAAAAUUGUCAGUGACGCUGUACAAAUGUCAAUAACCAUGAGACUUGGAGUAUGCAUACCAGAUACAUGUAGUCCAGAACUGGUCAAUAAGAUCUUAAAAAAAGCAAUGAGCAAUGUUUUGAAUGGUCGAUUAUCCAGCGCAACACUUUCAAAUUGUUCAGUAGCGAGGAAACCAGAUUUCAGAGCUAUCGAUAUAAUUGCAAUAGUAUUAUAUUCAUCAAUUGGAGCCAUGAUGCUUUUAAGUUCACUUUAUGAUUUCGGCACUGCCUAUUGGAAUAUUAAGCCAAAACCUUUACUCCUAUCAUUCUCUGUGAUAUCCAAUGGAAAAAAGCUAUUUAUGAUCAACCAAGAAAAAUCACCAAACUCGAUAACUUGUUUGACUGGAAUCCGAGUGUUUUCGAUGUUUUGGGUUAUUCAUUGUCAUAAUUACCUUUAUUACUCUCAGCUGAAUGUGAUUAAUAUUGCAAGUGCCCUUAAUUGGGUUAACAAUUUCUGGUCUCUGGGAAUCUUAAUGGGAACAGUUUCCGUGGAUUCCUUCUUUUUCUUGAGUGGAUUACUUGUUGCGUGGUUGGGUCUUAAGGAGUUAGAUAAAACAAAUGGAAAAAUAAAUAUUGCUUUGAUGUAUAUCCAUCGGUAUAUUCGACUUACACCGGCUUUAGCAGCUGUAGUUCUGUUUUACAUCACAAUAAAUAGAUACAUUGGAAGUGGACCGUUUAGAGUUCCAAGUGAGGGUUGUGCAGAAUCUUGGUGGUAUACUUUACUCUACAUACAGAACUAUGUUAAAUCUCCUUUUGGGUGUGUAGCUCAAGCGUGGUAUUUGGCCUGUGAUACUCAAUUAUAUGUUCUUUCUCCACUGGUUCUUAUACCUCUAUGGAAAUGGGGUAGGAAGUUUAUCCCUGCGAUAGUGAUUCUGGCUUUGCUAUCAAUUGGCUGUAUUAUAGGAACUUUUUUUGUCCAAGGGUACACCAGUGUUUUAGGUUUUGGUAAACCAUUGGGAACAUUGCCAAAAACCUAUAUUAAAACUCACACCCGCUAUUCUGUUUGGCUUAUUGGAAUAAUGUUUGGGUUCUUUAUGCACACAAACCGAAACAAGACUUUCAAACUAUCUACGGUUGUUCAACUUAUUGGAUGGAUUGUUUCUCUUGGAGUGAUGGUUACUAUAAUCUUUAUGCCAUACUUCAUUGCAGACUUUCCAUAUGAUUCGAGUGUUUUACUAGCCGCAUCUAAUGAAUCAUUUAAACGAGUCUUCUGGGUACUGGCUCUGGCAUGGAUUGUUUUUGUUUGUCAUUUUGGCUAUGGUGGAUUGGUGAAUUCUAUUCUCUCACAUCCAUUCUGGCAGCCUUUAGGAAGAUUGACUUAUUGCAUGUAUUUAGUUCAUAUGGCUGUACAAGAAAUCAAUUUUGGAAUUUCACGGACAGAUGUGUAUUUCUCGGACUAUUUUAUGUUUCUUCAAUUUUGGAGCACUUUCGGAAUAACUCUUUUAUCAGCAAUUGUUCUUUCACUCUCAUUCGAAGCUCCAAUUUUAGUGAUUGAGAAAGCGAUAUUUGGCAAAAGAAAUACAAAGUCUGAUAGUUGUGAUAAUCUGGUGUCAUCAUCAUCUCAAAGUAAAGCAUCUUGUUAGUUUAAAUUAAAAUUAAAAAUACAAAUACAUUUUUUAUA